UAAAUGGGGAGCACCUCCCUCGCUCUCUCCUCCUUUUCCCGUCCCUCUCUCUCCCCCUGUCCUCGAGCUAUUCCAUCUCUCUCCUGCGGCUGCGGCCUCCCCUCCAUCUCAAAGCCGCAGCAGCACUCAGCAGAAGCAGCGCGAGGCAUCAAGACCCGAUUCCUCUUGCUGCCGACAGAGGUGCUCCACGGCCGAACCCUAAGCCCGCACGCAUUCCCUGUGCUCCAAGCGUGCUGGCAGUCCGCCGCGGAGGGUUGUUUACUGCCUCAUAUACAAAUAAUAUGCUGCUCAAUUAAUUUGCCCUUUUGAGGAUCAUCAUAUGGGUUACCUCAAUCUCAGGAGCUCUUUCCAUAUUCUGCUCUCAAUACAGUUGCUGUUAUCAUUGUUCAACCCCGUGGCAGUCGGAGACUUGGCCUCCGAGAAGCAAGCGCUUCUGGACUUUAUCUCUGCAGUCUCUCAUGGCAACAAGCUCAACUGGGAUAAAAAUACAUCAUCUUGUUCAUGGCAUGGUGUAAAAUGCUCGGCAGAUCAGUCACACGUUUUUGAAUUGAGGGUACCAGCUGCUGGUCUCAUUGGAGCAAUUCCUCCAAACACUCUUGGAAAACUCGAUUCCCUCCAAGUAUUGAGCCUGCGGUCUAAUCGUUUAACGGGAAGUCUUCCAUCUGAUGUGGCCUCACUUCCUUCUUUACAUUCCAUAUACCUACAGCACAAUGAAUUUUCAGGACCGUUGCCUUCUUCCUUCAGUCCUAGCCUCAGUGUAAUAGACCUCUCCUACAAUUCCUUCACAGGACAAGUUCCUGCAAGUUUACAAAAACUGACUCAGUUAACUGCGCUAAAUUUACAAGACAAUUCUUUCUCUGGAUCCAUCCCUGACCUCAAGCUUCCAAGUCUGAAACUAUUAAAUCUGAGCAACAAUGAGCUGGAAGGUCCAAUUCCUCGUUCGCUCGAAACAUUUCCAAAUGGUUCGUUCUCAGGGAAUCCUGGACUGUGUGGGCUACCUCUACCUGAAUGCUCAGUUCCUUCACCAACACCCUCACCCGACUCAUCUUCAUCGCCACAAUCGCUGCCUUUGCCACACCAUAAGAAACUAGGCAUAGGUCUCAUAAUUGCAGUUGCUGUUGGUGGAUUUGCAUUGGUGAUACUAGUUGUGGUUGUGUUGGUUGUGUAUUUUUCAAAGAGGAAAGGCAAGGAUGAGAGUGAUGUGGAAUCCAAAGGUAAGGGUACAGUCACCAGGAGUGAGAAGCCGAAGCAAGAAUUCAGUAGUGGUGUCCAAAUUGCUGAGAAAAACAAGUUGGUUUUCUUGGAAGGCUGCACCUAUAGCUUUGACUUGGAGGAUCUACUGAGAGCUUCUGCAGAAGUCCUUGGCAAGGGAAGUUAUGGAACUGCUUACAAAGCUAUACUUGAGGAUGGUACUGUCGUGGUAGUCAAGAGACUAAAAGAUGUUGUGGCAGGGAAAAGAGAGUUUGAGCAGCAGAUGGAGCUCAUUGGGAGGUUGGGCAAACAUGCCAACCUAGUCCCACUUCGUGCGUACUACUAUUCCAAAGACGAGAAGCUUAUUGUCUAUGAUUAUAUUGACACUGGCAGUGUUUCAGCCAUGUUGCAUGGUAUCAGGGGUGUUACUGAGAAGACACCAGUAGAUUGGAACUCCAGGGUGAAGAUCAUCCUUGGAACAGCAUAUGGAAUUGCUCACAUACAUGCAGAAGGUGGCGCAAAGCUCACCCAUGGCAAUGUCAAGUCAACUAAUGUCCUCGUAGACCAAGAUCACAAUCCUUCUGUUUCAGACUAUGGCCUUAGCACUCUGAUGAGUGUGCCGGUCAAUGCAUCUCGCGUUGUGGUCGGUUACCGCGCUCCAGAGACAGUCGAGAACCGCAAGAUCACCCAGAAGUCCGAUGUCUACAGCUUCGGCGUCCUCCUCAUGGAAAUGCUCACAGGGAAAGUGCCGCUUCAGACCCAAGGGAACGACGAUGUUGUCGACCUCCCGAGAUGGGUGCACUCCGUGGUCCGGGAGGAGUGGACUGCUGAGGUGUUCGAUGUCGAGCUGAUGAAGCAGCAGAACAUUGAAGAGGAGCUGGUCCAGAUGCUCCAGAUAGCAAUGGCAUGCACGGCAAGGUCGCCCGACCGGCGCCCGACCAUGGAGGAAGUGAUCAGGAUGAUCGAGGGGCUCCGGCAGUCCGCCUCGGAGAGCCGAGCAUCCUCUGAUGAAAAACCCAAGGACUCCAACCCAUCAUCAGUUUAGUUGUGCGCGGUGCAGCUCCCACCAUCUGCUUCACCAAUUGCUUCCAGUUGCAGCCCAUUCGAUUUGUUUAGCUAAUUUGUGAUUGAGUUCAUGUAAACCAUUGUUGACAUCAGGUGCAUUCAGCCUCAGGAAAAAAAAAACUGAGCUUUCUCAUUGAAAGAUUUCAACUUUGUAUCUUGGCGAGUGUAGAAUUUUUUUCCGCUGGAAAAUUGAUUUGCUA